AAGCCACCUUCUGUCCAGAAACUCGUUAUCUCCGACUGGUUCAGCGCUCCUUAUCUCCUGUGUUCAGCCACCUCCUUAUCUCCGACUGGUUCAGCGCUCGUGUUUUCAUGCAGAGUUAGACAUUGCCUCGCAUGUCAUCCAUCUCGAAACGUCUUGCCUGUCUUUGAUGUCAGAUCUCCACUUCCUUGGUCUCACGCGUGCGCGCUUUAUGGAUAUUUUGUGCUCUAUGCGUACGCACAUGACGGUAUGGUCCUUGCGAUCAUAACCCUUGGAAGCGCGUGACGAAUUGUAUCGGUCUCGUUCGUCGUAAUGGCAGUGUCUCAUUGCCUUGCCGACAACGAUAAUACAUCACCACCCAUAGCCUGAUGCUUCCAUCCCUUGAAACCCCUCGGAUUUUCAAGGAGUCAACGUGUUGCUCCAUUAUGACCCCUGUUGACCUUUGGCUUUUGUUCGGAUUUUGGUUGAUUCUCAUGGUAGUACUGGUGACUUGCAUGACUACGAGCUCAUAACUUGCACCUGAUCCGUUGACCUAUUCCUGACACAGAUUUGCUGACAAUCAAUCUUUAGUUUUGGUGGUCCAAAGGACAGAGGGAAAGGCUAUAGAUAGGUUACUAAAAACUUAGCUUAGCAUCAGCCCUGGCCCUGAGAUCCCUCAGCUACGCAGGCGUACUUCCAAAAUUUCUCAAAUGUCUCCGAAAUUUUCAAUCCUUCCACCACAUGUCACAUGGCCCCCUCCCCUUCCUCGCAUCAAGACGCGGUGCAAGGAAGCAGCAGACCUACAAUUUUCAGAUCUGCAAGCCGCAGCAGGAUCGUCGCAACCAGGGCCAAAAGAGGGGCCACCGCCACCGGACUCGAAAGCACCAGCGAAUUCCAUUCAGAGGCGCGCUGGGGACUAUUCUGGCAGUCUGUCAUCUCUAGACGUGUCCGGCGGACGCUCCACUGGCAGUGGCGCUCGUCCAGAAACAGCAAACGAUGAUUUCCAGCCCGUGUCCCCUAUAAGCCGCCUCUUCCUGGACCCCGCUCUGAGCACUGUCAUCCUGAUGGCCAUGGAGUUUGAAGAGAGCGCCAUGGGACUGAAGGAACUGAGGGAGUUGGUGCGCGCCCUGCUGUCCUCCCAGCCGCGCUUCACCAGCCGAAUUGAGCACCGUGGCUGGUGGCAUGCGCCCACGUGGGUGCCUACCCACGUGGACUGGGCUGCUCACGUGGUGGAGGAACCUUCGCUCUGUGCCGCAUGCAGCAGUGAUGGGCCCAUAAAGACUGAGAGCCACAAGGAACAAUAUCCUCGUUAUAGUGUGCCCCGCUGCAGUGUAGAGAGCCACGUGGUUCGCCUGCAGACCCUCCCGCUCUUCGAUUUCAGCCAGCCGUUGUGGCGGGUGCACCUGCUGCCCACCUGUGCGCACAUCCCUCGCUCCACUGCUGUCUUCCGCAUCCACCACGUCAUAGGCGAUGGCACAUCCCUCAUGUCUCUGCUGUCCAGCUACUCCAUGGCAACGAACCCAUGCAUACCCCAGCCCACCAACUUAAAGCCUCACUUCAAGCCCGCUGAUGCUCCCUCGAAUUCGGCCCAGUUGCCGCAACCCUCCAAGCCCAGCAGCAGGAGAUGCAACGUUGAGGCGGCUCAGUGCUUCACGAGGCAAACACAGGGAGUCGACGCGGGGCAAGGCGCGCAGGAGUUGGUGGGAGGGAUGGUGAGAAGCAUGCGGAGCCAAGAGGGGGGUGCUCUCAGCGAUGGUGAUUGUGAGGCCUGCCAUGCGCCAGUGGGUCCUGCAAGCAUGGGAGGGAGUGAGGUAGAUAUCGAAACAGAGAGUGUUGGCAGCGUUGUUGAGGGGAGUGAAUGCAAUGGGAGUGAGGGAAGCACGUGUGACGAUAGUGGGAGUGAGAGCAAAGGCAAUGAAACUGCUGUGGCGGGCAGCAGCACACCCACUAUGGCCGGCAUGGUUCGGAACGACACGGACAGCAGCGAGAGGAGCACAGGCAGCAGCACCAGUAACGCCAGCAGUGGCGGGUCCUCGGUGGGUGAACUGAUCAGGGAUGGGUCGGACUCUAGUACCAGCAGCAGCAGCAGCAGCAGCAGCAGCAGCAGCAGCAGCAGCAGCAGCAGCAGCAGCAGCAGCAGCAGCAGCAGCAGCAGCAGCAGCAGCAGCAGCAGCAGCAGCAGCAGCAGCAGCAGCAGCCAGCAGCAGCAGCAGCAGCAGCAGCAGCAGCAGCAGCAGCAGCAGCAGCAGCAGCAGCAGCAGCAGCAGCAGCAGCAGCAGCAGCAGCAGCAGCAGCAGCAGCAGCACCAGCAGCAGCAGCAGCAGCAGCAGCAGCAGCAGCAGCAGCAGCAGCAGCAGCAGCAGCAGCAGCAGCAGCAGCAGCAGCAGCAGCAGCAGCAGCAGCAGCAGCAGCAGCAGCAGCAGCAGCAGCAGCAGCAGCAGCAGCAGCAGCAGCAGCAGCAGCAGCAGCAGCAGCAGCAGCAGCAGCAGCAGCAGCAGCAGCAGCAGCAGCAGCAGCAGCAGCAGCAGCAGCAGCAGCAGCAGCAGCAGCAGCCAGCAGCAGCAGCAGCAGCAGCAGCAGCAGCAGCAGCAGCAGCAGCAGCAGCAGCAGCAGCAGCAGCAGCAGCAGCAGCAGCAGCAGCAGCAGCAGCAGCAGCAGCAGCAGCAGCAGCAGCAGCAGCAGCAGCAGCAGCAGCAGCAGCAGCAGCAGCAGCAGCAGCAGCAGCAGCAGCAGCAGCAGCAGCAGCAGCAGCAGCACCAGCAGCAGCAGCAGCAGCAGCAGCAGCAGCAGCAGCAGCAGCACCAGCAGCAGCAGCAGCAGCAGCAGCAGCAGCAGCAGCAGCAGCAGCAGCAGCAGCAGCAGCAGCAGCAGCAGCAGCAGCAGCAGCAACACCAGCAGCAGCAGCCGCAGCAGCAGCAGCAGCACCAGCAGCAGCACCAGCAGCAGCACCAGCAGCAGCACCAGCAGCAGCACCAGCAGCAGCACCAGCAGCAGCAGCAGCAGCAGCACCAGCAGCAGCAGCAGCAGCAGCAGCAGCAGCAGCAGCAGCAGCAGCAGCAGCAGCAGCAGCAGCAGCAGCAACACCAGCAGCAGCAGCCGCAGCAGCAGCAGCAGCACCAGCAGCAGCACCAGCAGCAGCACCAGCAGCAGCACCAGCAGCAGCACCAGCAGCAGCACCAGCAGCACCAGCAGCACCAGCAGUAGCCAUGGCAGAGACAGCAGUCCUGGAACCACAGAAGAAGCUUCAAAAGCGUCCAAGGGAAUGGCAGCAGCAGCAGCAGCAGUGCCUGAGGCGGCAGCAGCAGCAGCAGCAGCAGCAGCAGCAGCAGUAGCAGUGUAUGAGACGACCCAAGAAUCAGCGGAAGAAGCGUUUGCCUUGAAAAGCAGCAUGGAGUGUGCGGCAGAAGUAGCUGGAUAUGACUCAGAGCCAGCAGCACAAUUUACCAGAGCAACAGCCCUGGUCUCGGCCACGCCAACAGCACCUGCAGUACCAGCAGCACCAACCGCACCAGCACUGCCUGGUUCCCAAUGCUCUCCUGCCAUGCCUGCUACAGGCUCUCACUCCCGUCCAAGCGGCUCCGGCCUUGCCCAGGGCUCACGGGCACUCUCUUGGCUGCACAGACGCGUGCAGCGGAAGAGGAGCAGCCUGAGCAGCGCAUGGCCACGCAUCACCACCAUGGGGGCGCACAUGCUCGAGUACUUAAAUAGAGCAUGGCGGUGCACUUUAGCUACUGUCGCCCAUAUGUUGGAGUUUCUCCUCACUAUCCUCUUCCUCUCAGACCACCCCUGCACGCGCAUCCGCUCGGCCAUGCCCUUCUCGCGCCUGUGCCAGCAGGAUCAGCGGCUGCUGGCAAGGAGCUUUGCAGUGACCGAGGGGAUCCCCAUGGAGAGGGUUACGAAAGUGCGCAAGGCACUGGGAGCGACUGUGAACGAUCUCAUGAUGGCAGUCGUUGCUGCGGGCAUUGAGAGCUACGUGCAAGCCAGGCGGGAUGGCAUUGAUGAGUCAACUCAGCAACUCUCUGAGCUCUGUGGAUGGGCCAGCAGGAGCGGUGCCAUACGGUUCAGAGCGGUAACGAUGGCUGAUCUGAGAAGCAGAUCCAGAAAGGGCCCACCUGAGUGGGGCAAUAAGCUUGGAAUCAACGUCAUAUCUCUCCCCAUCUCGCUUCCUCCUUAUCCUCCUCCUCCUCCACCUACCGUAACAACUCUAAAACUCACAAGCGCUGUAUCAGCCCCACUGCCACGUGUCAGCACCUCCUACAACGCCACACUGCCACAUAGGAUGGAUGGCCACGUUGUCAUUGAUCUCAUGCCAGAAGUAACCGCACCUGAUGCAGCAGUGGACAAUGCUUUUGGAGGGAGGACAGUGGCGUGGAGGAUAGAGGGGAGGAGAGAGGAGGGUAGAGGCGAGGAGGGGAAGGGGAGGAGAGGAGGAGGGGGGAGGGAAGAGGGGAGGAGGUGAGGCGAGUGCAGCGGGUGAGGGCGGUGUGCGAGCAGAAGAAGGUCUCGUGGGAGGCUCGUCUCACCAACCUCUAUGCACGCCUGGCCCUCGCCCUCCUGGGGCGCAAGCCCAUGGCAUGGCUGUUUGCGAGGGUGUCUCAGCAGACCUCGAUUACAGUCUCCAACAUCGCCGGGCCAAAGGAAAAGCUGUGUCUUUCAGGCCAUGGUGUGUCAUCACUUGUCAUAACCACAGUGGGCCAACACCAGGCUAUGACGUGCCAUAUUGAAUCAUAUGCUGGAUACUUGAAUCUUGUUGUUAGUGCACUGGGUGACUACAUCCCUGAUGCCCCAAGCAUGUGUUCCCAUUUCAUGGAGGCCUUCAAAAGAUUGGAAAUGGAGGUCAUGUGCUACGAGAAUUGGUAACGGUUUUAUGUUCUUUGUAUCUGGAAGCGAGGAGAGGCAUUACCGAACCUUUCCACCAUGGUGUUUUACUUUGUGUGGAAGCUACCAUGGGUAAGA